AAUCACCCACACGAUUUCAUCCUUCCAAUUUCUUCUUCACUCCUCAUUCUCAUCUAACAAUCUUCCCUUUCUUCUCUGAAGAGUCGCUGGCACCACCACCACCAUCGUCCCUCGUGCCCAGCUCGUGCCCGCCACCAACGCCGUCACUCCUCACUUUCUUCAAACACUGAUGCUUGCCACCACCGUCGGGAGUCCUGGGUUUGUAACCAUGUUCAUGUCCAGCCCUCGCCACCACCGUCGCCGUCUGCGUUUAUCUCAUAAACUCCCUUUUGGUAUAAUAAUAUGCCAUUGCUCUUGUGUGCUCACUUCUCUUUCUGUCAGUUUCCCUUGCCAAUUCCUUUCCCUUUUUUCAACAAUUCUUUACCCUUUUUUCUUAAGUUUUGAUGUAAACUUUAAUUCUUCUUUUAUAUACUUUUAUCAUUAUAUCUUUGUAUUUUUCUAAAGGAUAUUGUUCUGUAAUUUCACAUUCUCAAUUCCAGGUAAUUUUCUCUCUUCUUUCUCUCUCUCUCUCUCUCUUAUUAUUGUUAUUAUAGUUCAUGGGAUAAUAUAUUAAAAUUGAGAUGGGUUUUCAUAUCUUGUGUUGUAAAAGGGUUUCCCCCCUUUAUUUUCAUAUAUCAUUUGGAAUUCUCUAUUAAAGAAAAAGGAAGGUAGGAAGAAAAAGGGGGGUUUUCUUUUUCCACUUAGUUAUUUCUUCCAUUAAUUGAUUGAGUUUGAUUCAUUAUUUGUAGAUUUAUUGACUCAUGAAUUUGCCAUCUUUUUUCUUCCAUUAUUGUUCUUUUUGAGCUCUAAAACAGAAAUCAAUGGAGGAGGAUCUGCAAAAGAGAGCCACAAGAUUACUAUUGUUGUUGUUAUCAUUAUUCAUUUAUGCAGAUUUUUCUUUUAUCAACAAGGAAAAAAAUGUAAUUUACGGAAAGAAGUGAUAUGGGUUCACAAUUGAGAACACUUAUCUUCAUUCGUACGAGAUAUUUUGGGUUUUGGGUUUAUGCCUAAAAGUGGAAAUUAUCAUAUUAUUUCUUUACUUAGAAACCUUUUGGGAAUAAUGACCUUCCCCUACAUCCGCUACUGCUGCUAAUGCUCCAUUGGAGGCUCUGAUCAGGUUUAGCUUGAAGCUUGAAUCUCGAAGGAUAUGAAUAGGAAUGAUUUUCAGUUUGAAACUAUCUUCAAUUGGGUUGGUUCCUUUUUAACUGCCAUCGUUUCUUUUGGUUUGAUGCAAAUUCACCAAUCCAAGUUUGAAAAAGGUGAAGGUUAUUGGUGAGAGGUUCUUUCAACAGAUCUUGAGGCUGACUGUUCUUCUUCGAAAUCUUUGUUACUGUUCUCAAAAUAUGAAGGCAUGAUGAUAGAAUAGUCGAGUAAAAUGCCACCUGUUAGAUUUCAAGAGCUCGAUCAUAUUCUUCAUUGGAUUCAAAAUACAUUUCUGUUGGGUGAUAACUUUAAACAUGAAAUUUUGAGGAUUCAUCACAAGUGUUUUAGAAAAGCACCUCAAUCCAAAUGAGAUGUCCAAUAAUUACUAUCAGAAGACAUAUUUCCUCCCUUAAUUAUUGCAGUUUUUCAUUUUGUGUAAGUGGUGGGAAAUUGUCAAAUUGUCAAAUUGUCAAAUUGCUUUCAUGCAAGUGGUGGGAAAGAUCCAUGCCAAAUUAACAGUAAUCCUUAUAUGAUAGGUUUUGGUAUUGUAGAGAUAAUAUUUUCCCAAAUUAAAGAAUUCGAUCAACUUUGGUGGCUCUCCAUUGUUGCUUCUGUUAUGUCUUUUACUUACUCAACUAUUGGACUUGGCCUUGGAGUUGCUCAAAUUACUGCAAAUGGAAAAAUUGGAGGGAGCUUGACUAGAAUUAGCAUAGGAACUGUCACUCAAACACAAAAAGUAUGGAGGAGCUUCCAAGCUCUUGGAGACAUUGCUUUUGCCUACUCAUACUCGAUUAUCCUCAUUGAAAUUCAGGACACUCUAAAAUCUCCACCUUCAGAGGCUAAGACAAUGAAGAAGGCAACUCUAGUGAGUGUGUCGGUGACAACGCUUUUUUAUAUGUUGUGUGGCGCUGCUGGCUACGCACCAUUCGGGGACAUAGCAUCGGGAAACCUACUCACUGGGUUCGGGUUCUAUAUAUAAAUACAAUAUUAAGAUUUCAUUUUGUGUAUGCAAAUGUAAAAGACAAAUAUUAAAGUUUCUAAAUAAUAUUAAUUUUAUUGA